AUGGGUGAACAAGAGGACAGCCAACCCACCCUGGGGGGUCACUCAGAGAAGACUGAGGAGGAGCUGCCCUCCAUGUUGCACUCAGUAUGGAACCACUUGCAGUGGGAAAAUCGUUCCAAGUUGACGGACAAUUGCAGAAAGGACGUCCCAAACCCUCGAGCCGGGGCCGUCCGUCCGCGCAGCCUCGGAAGCCCCUCGCCGCGGCCGGGAGGACCGCCGCCGGCCGGGCCGCCGCUUCCUGCCCGCGGGCGGCGCACCCGGACCCCGGGAAGGUGCCGCUCGGGGAAACGUGGCACCGUCUCCAGCCCGCGUCCCGGGCGCUGCCGCGCGGCAGCCGAGCGCUCCAGCGAGCCGGGCCGGGAAGGCGGCGCGGUGGCCGCGCACCGGCCUGCGGGGAGAGCCGCCCGCAGCGCCGGCGCCCGCCCGGGGACGGGAAGUGGCGCCCCGCCCGCCCUCGCGGCCCGCGGCCCCGCAGCCCCGCGCCGCCCCCUUUCUCUCGGCCUCUCCCUCGGCCUCCACACCCCGGCCGAAUUCUUGCAUAAAUUAUGCCAGGCGCGCCUGACGUCAGGUGGCGGCGCGCGGGCGCGGGCGCGGCGAGGAGGGAGCCGGCGGCGGGCGCGCGCGGCCCCGCGGCCUCGGGCGCGCGCAGGCGUGCCGGGCGCGCGCAGGCGCUGGCGAGCGCCGCUGAGGAGGCGGCCCGGGGACCCGGAGACCCUGAAACUCGUCAGAGCCGCGUUCGCCCCCGGCCAACUCCGCGCCCGAGGACUCAGCCCCCUGGCCGCGGCCGCCGAGCCAACUCCGGAGCCCGCUCUGCGUUUUGUUUCCCCCUCGGCACAGGGCAGCGGAGGAGCCCGCCCGCCCGCCCGACCCGGUAAGCGCGAGAGUUCGCCGGGCGCCCCCGGGAGGGGCGGCGGCGGCAGGAAAUCGCUCCGGGCCGGGGCCGGGGCCGCGCGAGGAGUUGGGAGCGAGGAGUUGGGCGUGUGCGGGGCGAGGGGCGAGGGCGGGCGGGGGCCGGGGCCGGCGCUGGAGCGCAGCGCCGCCCGGGCCGUGUCGCCGGCGUCGCCGCCCGCGGGGCCCGAACCCGCGCCCGGAGCGCCGCCCGGCGACCCAACUUUUGCCUGCGUCCGCGGGGCCGGCGGCGGCGGCGGCGCGCGGUCCGGCCGAGGGUCACUUCCUCGCAUAAAAAGGAAGGAGGAAAAGUUGGGCUGCAACUCCAGUGCGAGUGGGCGAUGGGCGCGCGGGCGCGGGGCGGCUGAGCAGCGGAGGCGGCGGCUCGGGGACGGCGGCGACCCCCGCCUCCAGCCCCCGCCCCCCGCCCCGGACCGACCACGCCGCGCUCGCCGGGAGCGGCGGCCGCACCGGCGCGAACAAAGUGCGUUCCUCCUGGCGCGGCGGCGCCGGCCCGCGCGGGGACGGCCACCGGGCGAGGUGGGUCGGCGGCGAGGAAAGUGCGCGGGGCGCCGCGUGGGGCGGGGGCGGCGCGAACACGCGGCGCGGGGGGCGUCCCGAGCCCUGCCUGUGCCGGCCGCGGGCGCGGAGUUGCGAGCCCGGAGCCGGGGGCUCCCGGGGCUCCCCGGCGGCUCCCAAGUGCGCGAGGAGGAGAAGAAAGGGAGCGGGGCCGGGGCGAGCGCGGGGAGGCGCGGCGCGGAGGGGACCCCACCUUGCCGAGCUGGCCGGGCCAACGGCGGCGGCGGCUGCAUAAUAGCGACUUUAAGCCCCCGGAGGCAACUCAGCUCCCCCAUCCCCGAGCCCUCCGGGGGUCAACGCCGGGGGGGGUGUCACCAGGUGGCCCCCGAGGUGGCCCGGGUGCGCUCUGCCCCCGCCGAGAUCCGCCGUUCGGGGCGUGAACGGCCGAGGUGGCUGGAGGCCAGGCGGUCAGCGGGCAGAGGAAGGAGGGCGGUGGGGGACGCGUUGUUUGUUUGGUUGGCACCGGGGGUGCGGGGGCGCGGGCACCCGGUGGGCUGCGGUGCGGGGCGGCCGCGUCGGCGCGGGGCGAGCGCGGCCGGGGGGCGGGGGGAGGGCGGCGGAUCCCGGGCGCGGGGGGGCGGGGGGUCGGGAGGCUCCGGGGAAGGAGCCGCCGGCCCCGAGCAGCCAUCAUUACCGAGCCGCCUUUCUCCGGAUGGCUGUGCCUCGAGGAGCCCCGCGCCGUGGGAGCGCACCCCGAACUCGCGGCCGCCCGCCCGCCCGCCGGCUUUGUGA